AUGUGUUUAAUCAAAUUCUCGAUUACAUUGUUGAAAUUGAAACCAUUAGAUUUCAAAGAAAAAUAUGGCAAUUGGGCAGUUGUAACAGGCUCAACCGAUGGUAUUGGAAAAGAAUAUGCAAAAGAAUUAGCUAGAAAGAAUUUAAAUAUUGUUCUUAUUAGUAGAAAUUUAGUCAAAUUAAAUAAAACAAAAGAUGAAAUUCUUACAUUAAAUCCAUCAAUAACUGUUAAAAUUAUUCAAGUUGACUUUAGUAUGGGUAAAGACGUAUUCGAUUAUAUUCAGACAGAAUUACAAGAUUUACCUAUAGGUAUAUUAGUUAACAACGUUGGAAUACUGACCGAAUACCCAAUGUAUUUUGAUGAAAUAUCGGAAAAGGAUCUAUGGAACAUCAUGAAUAUAAACAUUGCCAGUCUAACGAUAAUGACUCGUAUGAUUAUCGUACAAAUGUUGAAAAGAAAUAAAGGAGCUAUUGUUAAUAUUUCAUCAGCAUCAAACCUUUUACCAGUACCAUUAAUGUCUGUUUACUCGGCUUCUAAAAUUUAUGUACGAUAUUUUUCCGAUGCUAUUCGCAGUGAAUAUAAGAAAACGAAAUUGACGAUACAAUGUCUUUCGCCCAGUUAUAUUAAUACAAAUUUGAUUAACUUUGAUGUUUCAUUCAAGAAUCGAUACUUCUUCCCUGAUGCCAUUACAUAUGUAAAAAGUGCUAUUGCAACCUUGGGACGAAUUGAUUCAACUACUGGAUAUUGGGCACAUGAUUUACAGGAAUUUAUCCUUUUAUUUAUACCUGCAGGUUUAAUUACAAAUUUCGUUUUUUUUAAGCAUAAAGCUGCACGAAAAAACUAUAUAAAAUUAAAAGGAAAGAAUAUUGAUUAG